UGUCAAGAUUGGAUAUUUAGAGGUAGGGCAGAUGAAGGACGGUUGCAGCAUAGAGCGAACGACUUAUGCCUACUUGUUCGACGGCUACAACGCUUCUUAUAAAUCCAUACACAAUUCUCUGGUUUAUGGAUUUGAGCUUCAAUAUGCCCCUCAUGGUCCAAUUCUCUGCGAAAACCAAUGGCGGUGGUUUUACAAGUGUUAUCCGCACAGCGUUCCAGGUUUUUUCCGAUUUCUAUGGGCACUGAUUCCAGCUUUUGCACUCUUGGGACUCGUUUGUUACGCACUAUUUGUUGUGGCAAAAUUUCUAUUUGGGGCACCAUUCGUGACUGUGUUUUUGAUCUAUACAUGGAAAAGAAGGCAUUUGUCAAUGUACAACUCCAUAGAAGAAUUUUUGCAUGGUGAAAAGAAUUUUGUGCCAAUAAGGUAUUCGUACUCGAACAUCAAGAAGAUGUCUAACAAAUUUAAAGAAAAACUUGGUGAAGGAGGGUAUGGAUCAGUAUUCAAAGCAAGGUUACGGAGUGGACGUUUUGGGGCAAUUAAGAUGUUGGAUAAGCCCAAAGGCAAUGGACAAGAUUUCAUCAGCGAGGUAAAUACUAUUGGGAGGAUUCACCAUGUUAAUGUGGUUCGGCUUGUUGGUUAUUGUGUUGAGGGAUCGAAGCAUGCUUUGGUAUAUGAUUUCAUGCUCAACGGAUCUCUUGAUAAAUACAUUUAUUGCAAAGAAGGAAGUAUCCCAUUAAGUUGCAAGACAACGUAUGAGAUUUCUCUUGGAGUGGCUCAAGGGAUCAAAUAUCUACAUGAAGAUUGUGACAUGCAAAUAUUACAUUUUGACAUCAAGCCUCACAACAUUCUUCUUGAUGAGAAUUUCAUACCGAAGAUUUCUGACUUUGGGCUUGCAAAAUUAUAUCCGGUGGAUAAUAGUAUUGUGUCUCUAACAGCAGCAAGGGGUACAAUGGGAUAUAUGGCUCCUGAACUAUUCUACAAGAAUAUUGGCGGUGUUUCAUUUAAAGCCGAUGUUUAUAGUUUUGGAAUGUUGUUGAUGGAAAUGGCAAGCAGAAGGAAGAAUUUGAAUGCAUUGGCAGAGCAUUCAAGUCAACUUUACUUCCCUUCGUGGGUUUACAAUCAAUAUAAUGAAGGAAAGGACUUCGAGGUGGGAGAAAUUGUAGAGGAGGAAAAACCAUUAACAAAAAAAAUGAUUAUAACCGCCUUGUGGUGUAUACAAUUGAAGCCAAGCGAUCGACCUUCAAUGAAGGAAGUCCUACAGAUGCUCGAAGGAGAUGUUGAAUUCCUUCGAAUGCCUCCGGAGCCUCUUCUAUAUCCACAAGAGAUGCCCGUAGUUGCUCCUAAUGGUAAUCUGAAUCCAACAUAUUCUAAGGCGGAGUUAACAUCUUCUUUGACGGGUAGGUGAAGACACGCAACUAGCAUAGGCUCUGUCAGUUUGAAUCUCAAUGCAAUGUUUCUGGUUUUGUAGUAGUACUGUUUGCUUGUACGUUGAACGUGAUGUUAAAUAUGUUUAGUACGGCAUAUUUUCAUGAUUCCAGGGAUAAAUAAUAGCAUGUUUGGUACUUUACUUGAA